AAGCAAAUUCAAAAGCUCCUUCUUAUCUUUGAGCACACACCCCAAGGAUCCAUCAUCAUCAUCAAGAUGUGCAGCUUAGAGAAACGCGGCAACAUCUUCUUCCUGACCCUCACCGGCAACGAUGAGCAUCGCCUGAACCCUAACCUAAUUGCCUCUAUCCGAUCUCAACUCUCCCAGGUCCGACAACAGGCAACCCCUGGGACCGUCCUGGUCACUUCCGCCCAAGGCAAAUUCUUCUCCAACGGAUUCGACAUCGCAUGGGCCCAAUCCGCCGGUGAUAAAGCUGUCGCUACCGAUCGCCUUCACCAAAUGGUUGACCUUUUCAAGCCAGCCGUUGCGGAUCUGAUAUCCCUCCCGAUCCCAACGAUCGCGGUGGUAGCAGGGCACGCGGCGGCGGCAGGCAUGGUCCUGGCCGUGAGUCACGAUUACGUAACGAUGAAGAGUGAUCGGUGCGUCUUAUAUAUGAGCGAGCUUGAUAUCGGAUUGACGUUUCCUGAUUACUUCACGGGUCUGUUCCGAUCGAAGAUUGGAUCGGCGAGUGCGAUGAGAGAUGUGAUGCUGAAGGCGGUGAAGGUGAAAUCGAAAGAGGCGUUGGCGAUGGGUCUGGUCGAAUCGGAACACGGAACUGGGGAGGAGGCGAUGGAGGCUGCGGUGCGAAUGGGAGAAGGGUUAGCUAAGAAAGGAUGGAACGGGGAGGUUUAUUCGGAGAUACGAAAGGCUAUAUAUCCCGAGUUAUGUGCCGUCCUUGGAUUGACCACUAAGACAGUCAUUGCCUCUCCACGACUCUAAAUUAUAAGUUUUGUUUGUUCUUUCUUAAUCUGCUGCUGCUGCUGCAAUGUUUUACCAUCUUUUCUUUUGAAUAAAAGUCUACCUACCAGUUUCAGAAAAACCAAACAUUCCAA